GGGAGGCCGUACCUCCGAGAGGCUCGGCGUUGAGCUCGGGCAGGGCCAGGUGGCUGCCCUUUCACCUAGGGUAGACCCUGGUCGCCUCCGCUCUUCGCCCAAAAGGGGAUGCAGCUCCGGGAAAGUAAGGCCGCCGCGGCUGCGGCUAUAUUAUGUAUCUGUCUUAGAGACGCGAGUCUAUCUGCCUUCAAGCUUUCCUGGGCUCUCGUCGCUCCUCCUCCCGACCCGCCCAUCCCAUCUAGGGAUGAGAAGAUUGAGGGUGCAGAGCCCUGUAUUGCAGCGGGGAUUUGCGAGCUCAACCUGGCACCCCACUGAUUACAGGAUUACGUUGGACGAAUAUUUGACAAGUGAAUUCAUGGUAUUUUACUUUUUUGGGAAAUAUUGGAAAUGAAGAACUGCAACUGUAAUUUGAAAUAAGGAAAACUUUAAUUUUCAGUAUAAAAAUUGCGCAAAUAGAAUUGCCUGAUUUUAAUGACAAAAGGUGAAUUAUAGUUUAAUGUACUACAAGUCUUAAACUACGGAUGGGAACUAUUACAGUUUAUAAUGUCAAAAACUUUUCUUAGACCAAAGGUAUCUUCCACAAAGGUAACAGACUGGGUUGACCCAUCGUUUGAUGAUUUUCUCGAGUGUAGAGGCAUCUCUACUAUUACUGCCACAUCAUUAGGUGUGAAUAACUCAAGUCAUAGAAGAAAAAAUGGGCCUUCUACAUUAGAAAGUAGCAGAUUUCCAGUGAGAAAAAGAGGAAAACUAUCUUCCUUAGAACAGAUUUAUGGUUUAGAAAAUUCAAAAGAAUAUCUGUCUGAAAAUGAACCAUGGGUGGAUAAAUAUAAACCAGAAACUCAGCAUGAACUUGCUGUGCAUAAAAAGAAAAUUGAAGAAGUUGAAACCUGGUUAAAAGCUCAAGUCUUAGAAAGGCAACCAAAACAGGGUGGAUCUAUUUUAUUAAUAACAGGUCCUCCUGGAUGUGGAAAGACAGCGACCAUAAAAAUACUAUCAAAGGAGUAUGGUAUUCAAGUACAAGAGUGGGCUAAUCCAGUUUUACCAGACUUCCAAAAAGAUGAUUUCAAGGGGAUGUUUAAUACUGAAUCAAGCUUCCAUAUGUUUCCCUAUCAGUCUCAGAUAGCAGUUUUCAAAGAGUUUCUACUAAGAGCGACAAAGUAUAACAAGUUACAAAUGCUUGGAGAUGAUCUGAGAACUGAUAAGAAGAUAAUUCUGGUUGAAGAUUUACCUAACCAGUUUUAUCGGGAUUCUCAUACUUUACAUGAAGUUCUAAGGAAGUAUGUGAGGAUUGGUCGAUGUCCUCUUAUAUUUAUAAUCUCGGACAGUCUCAGUGGAGAUAAUAAUCAAAGGUUAUUGUUUCCCAAAGAAAUUCAGGAAGAGUGUUCUAUCUCAAAUAUUAGUUUCAACCCUGUGGCACCAACAAUUAUGAUGAAAUUUCUUAAUCGAAUAGUGACUAUAGAAGCUAACAAGAAUGGAGGAAAAAUUACUGUGCCUGACAAAACUUCUCUAGAGUUGCUCUGUCAAGGAUGUUCUGGUGAUAUCAGAAGUGCAAUAAACAGCCUCCAGUUUUCUUCUUCAAAAGGAGAAAACAACUUAUGGCCAAGGAAAAAAGGAAUGUCUUUAAAAUCGGAUGCUGUGCUGUCAAAAUCAAAACGAAGAAAAAAACCUGAUAGGGUUUUUGAAAAUCUAGAGGUCCAAGCUAUUGGUGGCAAAGAUGUUUCUCUGUUUCUCUUCAGAGCUUUGGGGAAAAUUCUAUAUUGUAAAAGAGCAUCUUUAACAGAAUUAGACUCACCUCGGUUGCCCUCUCAUUUAUCAGAAUAUGAACGGGAUACAUUACUUGUUGAACCUGAGGAGGUAGUAGAAAUGUCACACAUGCCUGGAGACUUAUUUAAUUUAUAUCUUCACCAAAACUACAUAGAUUUCUUCAUGGAAAUUGAUGAUAUUGUGAGAGCCAGUGAAUUUCUAAGUUUUGCAGAUAUCCUCAGUGGUGACUGGAAUACACGCUCUUUACUCAGGGAAUAUAGCACAUCUAUAGCUACAAGAGGUGUGAUGCAUUCCAACAAAGCCCGAGGAUAUGCUCAUUGCCAAGGAGGAGGAUCAAGUUUUCGACCCUUGCACAAACCUCAGUGGUUUCUAAUAAAUAAAAAGUAUCGGGAAAAUUGCCUGGCAGCAAAAGCACUUUUUCCUGACUUCUGCCUACCAGCUUUAUGCCUCCAAACUCAGCUAUUGCCAUACCUUGCUCUACUAACCAUUCCAAUGAGAAAUCAAGCUCAGAUUUCUUUUAUCCAAGAUAUUGGAAGGCUCCCUCUGAAGCGACACUUUGGAAGAUUGAAAAUGGAAGCCCUGACUGAGAGGGAACAUGGAAUGAUAGACCCUGACAGUGGAGAUGAAGCCCAGCUUAAUGCAGGAUAUUCUGCAGAGGAAUCUCUGGGUGAACCCACUCAAGCCACUGCGCCGGAAACCUGGUCUCUUCCUUUGAGUCAGAAUAGUGCCAGUGAACUGCCUGCUAGCCAGCCCCAGCCCUUUUCAGCCCAAGGAGACAUAGAAGAAAACAUAGUAAUAGAAGACUAUGAGAGUGAUGGGACAUAGAAGCCAGCCUGCUAAUCAGAUUGCUACUUCACAGCUUCAUUUUUGUUUCAUUCAAUGGUACUUCAGCAGAGUUAAUAUGCUUUUCUGAUGAAUUACACAACAGUUUGUUAAUUCUUCAUUCUUGUAGUAUUUCAUCACAAGAAACCUCUUCUGUCAUCUUGAAGUAAAUAGAAGAUCAAGACUUCAAAUCUCUUAAUUUUUUCUGUAUUUAUUAAAUCUGUGAGUGGUUUAAGGAGCGGUCAGUGUGUAUAAAGUGUGUUUGAACAUUAUGCCAAAUAUCAAAAUGUGAAGGACUAAUUCAGGAUGCAAAAACGUUAUGGGGGGUUGUAAAUAUGAACUAUACAACAGUUUAGGAUGCAAUUAUGAGUGUAAACUGUGUGCCUUAUUUACACUUUAUUGUCUCCAGCUUCUCAGAUAAAGUUUUGAUGUGUUGUACAGUGGAAUAUCUUAGAUACUUUUUGGAAAGUAUUUACAUAAGUUAUAUCACAAUUAAAAUGUUGAAUUUCA